GCCACAAGAGCAACCUAUUUGUAACCUUUUGUUGUCGAAAUAAAAUAAAAUUCCAUCAUCAAAAUCUUAACUACAGUAUGUCAAUGAGACAUAAAAACGGUACUGGUACUCCUCCUCCUCCUCCUACAGAAUUACCCUCGACUGAAUCAAAGAUGAGAAUGAAUGUUGAGAAAUCCAACGAGAAUAAGAAGAUAUCUUUGAGCUUCCUUAUGGCUUGUUUUAUUGGUAUUAAUUCUGGUUUCUUGAUCGGGUAUAUGACCGGUAUCAUAGGAGGGCUUAUGUUUGGGACAGGAUUCGUGAACCAUUUCUACCCAUCUGAUGAUGCUUUCACCUACAGCGACAUUGUAUUGUACUCCAUGCUCAUGUCUUUCUUUCCUGCAAUUCUCUACAUCUCCGGUUCCAUUGGGAUAGAUAUUAGAAAACGAGAUUUCAGUAGAUUGGAUAUGAGAAGGCAUAUGAUCUUGUCUGGAGCACUCGUCUCCAUGGGUUCAGUGGUCACUAUUUUCAACGCCGUGCCAAUCAUAUUUAUUUUAGGUCCGAAUCUGUUUGCUAUGGGUUUUGGCAUGAUGUAUCAGGGUGCUCAAGUCUAUAUGUCCGAAAUGGGUUUCGCUCAUAAAAAUUACUUAGCUUCCCUAAAUAUUGCCUUUAAAAUGAUGAUCGCCAUUGGUAUCUUUGUGGCCAAUAUUGUGAACUGCUGCACCAACAGUAUCAAAGGUGGGUGGGGCUGGGAAGUUAGCAUAGGAAUUGCUGCAAUCCCUGCUGCUAUCAUCUCUAUCGGGUCUUUCUUACUCCCAGACACUCCAAUGUCCAUGAUUAAGUUAGGUAAGUUUGAUGAUGCAAAACAGUUGCUCCAACGCCUCCAUGGCACCAAUGACGAUGUUUAUAUACUGUUCAAAGAAUUAUUAGCCACUAACGAAGCAUCAAAGUCGGCGAAAGGAUGUGAGAAGCAAAUUAUGUCUCAAACACAGAACACACCCUACCGUGUGAUGGCCAUAGCUCUCUCCUUGUUCCAACAGCUCACAGGAAUGAAUGUAAUUGUUAUGUAUGCUCCCUACCUUUUUCAAGUUAUAGGAUUUCAAGAAAGUGCAGCUCUAACAUACACUGCAAUUAUUGGAGGGGUCAAUGUUGCUGCAACCAUCAUUGGUAUAAUCUCAGCAAGACAAGGUUGCAGAAGGGUUUUCCUCAUAGCCGGAGGAGUUCAAAUAUGUGUUGGUCAGAUCUUGUUGGGGAUUCUGAUAUGGAUAAAAUUAGGAGGUGCAACGGGCCCUUCUGAUGUGUACGACUACUUAAUUAUUUCCACCACCUGUGUUUGUGUUUGAGGAUUUGCAUGGUCAUGGGGUCCAUUAGUCUGGAUAUUUCUCUCUAGUGAUGAUAUGUUACUAUUAUAUCCCUUGGAGGUUCGGUCAUGCGGGCAGGAUUUGUCCUCAAAAGUAUAUUGGAACUUUUCCGGUUUCAUGACUUUGGUAUUCCCCUGCAUGGUCUACCUAUUCAAGUUUUAUGUCUUAUACUUGUUCGCUUUCUUCGGGGUGAUUAUGACUUUUCUUGCCUACUAUUUCAUGCCCGACACAAACCAAAUCCUGGUUGAAGAAGAUGUCUCUAAAGUAUGGAAGCAACAUUGGUUCUGGAGAAGGUACUUUGUUGACCUCGACAGCGAUCUGAUGGUAUGAGUAACCACCUAGCAUACAGUAACCGCACAGUAAUGACUUUCAUCCCUUUAAGUUUCUCUCCUUCACAAUUCUAGCUGCUACAUCAUCAAAAGCUAGCUCAUCCAUCUUUUCAUACUUAGCAGAAAGUGUGUCAUUCUCUGAUUUGACUCAUGUUCUCAAGUCUCCCAUAUUUUGUAAUUUAUGUCAGUUAGGUAGAUGUCAAAAACAAUCAUUUACUUUGUCUACUCAUAUGCCAUCACAUCCUUCAGAGUUGUUUUGUAUGUAUAGGACCUUGCUACAGCUGGGACAAUGGGAGCUUGUCCAGUCUUGGGACACGACGUGGCACAAUCUCAGCGGUAGAGUGGGGAAUGACUCUAGCAUCGAGAUUGGUAAUGGGGUGAAGAGAGGAAUGAUCAAAGGCAUGGAUUUAUUGUCUCAGGAUUGGCCCAUGUUAGGUGUCCUAGUUCUAGAGUUUUCGGUCCGUUUUGUAUGGUUCUCUGGGAUCUAGUUAAGU